CGAGCAGAGCGGAGGCCCGCCCGGAGGAGCUCCCGAAGGCAGUCCCGGAGGCCCGCCCGGAGGAGCGCGGCUCCGGCGGGCACGGUCAUCGAAGGGGAGUGGUUUCCCUCCACGCUUCGGCUAGAAUGUGGCGUCGGCAGAAGUAGAGAACGUUCUUACGUCUCCACGAGCCUGUCUAGACUCAGUGCACCGGGGACUGGAAGGAGCAGCCGUGAGCAUUCACGUGGCAUCAGAUCCGACCUCAUCCCCGCCUGCUUGAGAAUUUGUGUAAAAAGCCACCUCCCCGAGGAAGCUUCUCCAGAUGACCUGCUCCUAGCUUCAGACACCCCGGCCCAUCCUAGUAACUGCAGCACCGCUGUUGACGACAGUUUCAUCCACCGCAGAGCCAACCAGCAACUAGACCAUCACCAGCUGGCCCCAGUGGCAAGAGAGAUCCUGACACACCAACUCCACCCCUUGGCCUGCAGCAGGACUGUCGGGCCUGGCCCUGGUCUGGUCCCAGCGGCGGCCCUGCUGAUGAUGAUGCAUGGAGCAGCCAAUGUGGACGCUGGAUCCCGCCCCCACUAUGCCGCCUCCUCCAUCCCUGUGCCUCGGGCCAGCAGCUCCCAGAGCAAGCUCCAACCCCCGGCGGGCUCACCUAGGUUGCGCCCACGACCUAGCGGCCUGACUCCUGGACCCACCCCACGGUUGGCGAAAGCGGCAGGAGGCGCCGCCUCAUCUUCCCCCAAGGCCAGCAGGGGCCAGGGCUCCCCCAGAGUUCUGGCAGGCCCGAGGGAGGCCCCCAGCCCCGGGCAGGAGAGACCGGGGCCGGGUGAGGGCAAGAAGGAGGAGGUCAGCGAAGGCCCUCACAGCUCCCCCCGGGGCAGCCCUUGGUCUGUCCGGCGAGUGGUCCCCAGGGGUACAGGUGGGGCCAAGAAGAGCGGAGAGGGCCGCGGUGGCGGAAGCAGGAAGAAGUGCUCAGAGAGAGCCUCUGAGGGAAUCUGGUCUCCCCAGAUCCCAGUGAGGGGCUCCUCUCGAUCCAGCCCCCAAGGUGAUGCCAUCCGUCCAAUGACUCCUGAAGGCCUGGUGGCUGUCCGAAAACCUCAGGACAGCCCAGGAAGAGACCGGAAGGAGGGGAACUGGUCCAUCCCGGGGAGGCCCAGGCCUCCGGGGCCUGAGGACAGAGGUCAGCCGGAGGACCUGGGAGUUUCCUGGUCAACCAGUGGCAGCCUGGCAAGGAGUAGAGGCCCUGUCCCUGCCUCUGGAGCCAUCAGCUUCUCGUCAGCCCCCUCCCAGAGCCACCCGGUCACGGCCACGGUGGCCCCCUUCCAGUACAGGCUGCAGGCAGACGAGGACCCCAACUCUGCCUCCUUGGACAGCUUUGCCCUUGAGGACCACUGCAGCCCCUCUGAUGAUGACCUCCACAGCCUAGGCGUCGGCGUCUCCCAUGGUUGCCCGGCGGGCAGGAUGCUGGGGGCGAGCCUCAAGAGCCUGCAGCAGCCGGAGGCGGAGCUGAGCGGCGGCCAGGGUGCGGAGGGGCUGCGAGGAGCCGGACAAGGCUCCGGCCAGGCCGUCAUGCAGAAGCGGCCCAAGGCGUCCGGCGGGGUGACCAAGGCCGGCCCCGGCCCCGGCCCCGGCCCAGGCCCCGGCCCCGGCCCCGGCCCCGGCCCCGGCCCCGGGGAGCUCAAGGUCUUCAAGUCGGGGAGCGUGGACGGGGGGCGACCCCCGCAGCCCCCGCAGCCCCCUCCCGCCUCCAACCUCCGCAAGCAGAAGUCCCUCACCAACCUGACCUUCCUGACGGACGCCGAGAAGAAGAUGCAGCUGUACGAGCCCAAGUGGAGCGACGACAUGGCCAGGACGGCCAAGGACCUGGGCCGGCCCGGCCUCCGGCCCCGGGACCCCCCGCUCCUGUCCAAGACGCUGUCCAAGUCGGAGCACUCGCUCUUCCAGGCCAAGGUGGGCCCCGGCGGGGGAAAGACCCUGGCCCCGCUGGCCCCGCUGGCCCCGCUGGCCCCCGGCCUGGGCAAGCCCAGCCGCAUCCCCCGGGGCCCCUACGCUGAGGUCAAGCCCCUGAGCAAGGCCCCCGAGGCCGGCGUCGGCGAGGAAGGAGGACGCUCGGACGACGAGCUGCUGUCCGGCAAGGCCAAGGGCCAGAGAGGGCCGCCGCCCCCGGCGGGCCAGGGCCCGGGGGAGCGCGCCUUCCUCAAGGUGGACCCCGAGCUGGUGGUCACCGUCCUGGGGGACCUGGAGCAGCUGCUCUUCAGCCAGAUGUUGGACCCUGAAUCCCAGAGGAAGAGGACGGUCCAGAAUGUGCUGGAUCUUCGACAGAACCUGGAGGAGACCAUGUCCAGUCUGCGAGGGUCACAGGUGACUCACAGCUCCCUGGAGAUGACCUGCUAUGACAGCGAUGAGGCCAACCCCCGCAGCGUCUCCAGCCUCUCCAACCGCUCCUCCCCGCUCUCCUGGCGCUAUGGCCAGUCCAGUCCCCGCCUGCAGGCAGGGGAUGCGCCCUCGGCAGGCACUCCAAGCUGGUACCUGCCCGGCGAGCGGACCCACUACGCCCACACCAUGCCCAUGCGCACCCCCAGCAAGCUCAGCCACAUCUCCCGCUUGGAGCUGGUCGAGUCCCUGGACCCUGACGAGACGGACCUCAAAUCCGGCUACAUGAGCGACAGUGACCUCAUGGGAAAGACUGUGACCGAGGAUGAUGACAUCACCACCGGCUGGGAUGAAAGCAGCUCCAUCAGCAGCGGGCUCAGCGAUGCCUCGGACAACCUCAGCUCAGAGGAGUUCAAUGCCAGCUCCUCACUCAACUCUCUCCCUUCCACCCCAACGGCUUCCCGGAGGAACUCCACCGUAGUGCUGCGCACCGACUCGGAGAAGCGCUCACUGGUGGAGAGCGGGCUCAGCUGGUUCAGCGAGGCGGAGGAGAAGGCUCCCAGGAAACUGGAGUACGACAGUGGCAGCCUCAAGAUGGAGCCCGGUGCCUCCAAGUGGCGGCGGGAGCGGCCCGAGAGCUGUGAGGACUCCCCCAAAGGUGGGGAGCUGAGGAAGCCCGUCAGCCUGGGGCCACCUGGCUCCCUGAAGAAGGGCAAGACUCCCCCCGUGGCCGUCACCUCGCCCAUCACCCACACGGCCCAGAACCCGCUCAAGGUAGCAGGCAAGCCCGAAGGGAAGGCCCCGGAUAAGGGGAAGCUGUCGGUGAAGAAUGCAGGCCUGCAGCGCUCCUCCUCAGAUGCGGGCCGGGACCGCCCGGCGGAUGCCAAGAAGCCUCCUUCGGGCAUCGCCCGCCCCUCCGCCUCGGGCUCCUUCGGCUACAAGAAGCCACCCCCCGCCACGGGCACAGCGACGGUGAUGCAGGCGGGUGGCUCGGCCACCCUCGGCAAGCUCCAGAAGUCAUCGGGCAUCCCAGUGAAGCCCAGCAAUGGGCGUAAGACCAGCCUGGAUGUGUCCAACGCCGGGGAGCCUGGGUUCCUGGCCCCUGGGGCCCGCUCCAACAUCCAGUACCGUAGCCUGCCCCGACCGGCCAAGUCCAGCGCCAUGAGCGUGACCGGCGGCCGUGGGGGGCCCCGCCCCGUCAGCAGCAGCAUCGACCCCAGCGCCCUCAGCACCAAGCCCGGCGGAGGACUCCCAGCCUCACGCCUGAAGGAGCCAGCCAAGGUUGGGGGUGGGCGGGCCGCACCCGCCCCGGUGAACCAGACGGAUCGGGAGAAGGAGAAGGCCAAAGCCAAAGCAGUGGCCCUAGAUGCGGACUGCCUCUCGCUGAAGAGCGUCGGCUCUCCAGAGAGCAUCUCCAAGAGCCAGGCUGGCCUCCCGGCCAGCCCCAAGGGGGCUGAGCUGCCUCCAACCCCGCUCAGGACCACAGCCAAGAGCUUCAUUAAGCCACCCUCACUGGCCAACCUGGACAAGGUCAACUCCAACAGCCUGGACCUGCCAUCCUGCAGCGACCUCCACGCCCCCAAGAUCCAGGAGCUCCACUCGACGGGCUCCGGGGCAGCCAGCCACCUCCCCUCCUGCUUCACCCCCAGCCCUGCCCCCGUCCUCAACAUCAACUCGGCCAGCUUCUCCCAGGGCCUGGAGCUCAUGGGGGGCUUCAGUGUCCCCAAGGAGCCCCGCAUGUACCACAAGCUCUCGGGCCUGCACAGGAGCAUGGAAUCCCUCCAGAUGCCCAUGAGCCUGCCCGGUGCCUUCCCGGGGGGUGCCCCACCUCCUGCCCCGCCCACCGCCCCGCCGGCCCCUCCGGAGGAAGAGGUGGCGGAGGUGGCCUGGAGCGGAAGCCCGAGAGCCGGGCAGGUGGACGGUAACCAGCGGGAUCGGAACACUCUCCCCAAGAAGGGGCUAAGGUAUCAGCUUCAAUCCCAGGAGGAGACCAAGGAACGACGGCAUUCCCACACCAUCGGAGGACUGCCUGAGGCCGAUGAUCCAUCAGAGCUGCCCUCGCCCCCUGCUCUCUCCAUGUCACUGGGCGGGAAGAGCCAGCUCACCAACAUAGUGAGUCCCACAGCAGCCACAACGCCAAGAAUCAGCCGGUCCAACAGCAUCCCCACCCACGAGGCCGCCUUCGAGCUCUACAGCACUUCCCAAACGGGCAGCACCUUGUCCUUGGCUGACAGACCCAAAGGGAUGAUUCGGUCUGGAUCCUUCCGAGAUCCUUCUGACGACGUCCAUGGCUCAGUGCUGUCCUUGGCUUCCAGUGCCUCGUCCACCUACUCCUCGGCUGAGGAGAGGAUGCAGUCUGAGCAAAUCCGGAAGCUGCGCCGGGAGCUGGAAUCGUCGCAGGAGAAGGUGGCCACCCUGACAUCCCAGCUGUCUGCCAACGCCAACCUCGUGGCCGCCUUCGAGCAGAGCCUGGUGAACAUGACAUCCCGCCUGCGGCACCUCGCAGAGACUGCAGAGGAGAAGGAUACAGAGCUGCUGGAUCUGCGAGAGACGAUCGAUUUCCUCAAGAAGAAGAACUCGGAGGCCCAGGCGGUGAUCCAGGGGGCCUUGAAUGCCACCGACAUCACGCCUAAGGAGCUGCGAAUCAAGCGGCAGAACUCCUCGGACAGCAUCUCCAGCCUCAACAGUAUCACCAGCCACUCCAGCAUCGGCAGUGCCAAGGACUCCGAUGCCAAAAAGAAGAAGAAGAAGAGUUGGGUCUAUGAGCUGCGCAGUUCCUUCAACAAAGCCUUCAGCAUCAAGAAAGGCCCCAAGUCUGCCUCCUCGUACUCUGACAUCGAGGAGAUCGCCACACCGGAUUCCUCUGCCCCAUCUUCCCCCAAGCUGCAGAGGGGCUCCACCGAGGCGGCCUCUCCCUCCAUUAAAUCAUCCAACUCCUCCUCUGUGGGCGGCGUUGAUGUCGCCGAGGGCCCCGUCCCCUCCGCUUCCCCUGCCAGGAUGUUCCACGCCCACGAGGAGGAAGAGGAGGAGGAGGAGGAGCCGGAGAAGAAGGAGGUGUCGGAGCUGCGCUCCGAGCUGUGGGAGAAGGAGAUGAAGCUGACCGAUAUCCGUCUGGAGGCCCUCAAUUCUGCCCACCAGCUGGACCAGCUCCGGGAGACCAUGCACAACAUGCAGCUGGAGGUGGAUCUGCUAAAGGCCGAAAACGACCGGCUGAAAGUGGCCCCGGGCCCAUCCAGCUCCACUCCGGGGCAGGUCCCCGGCUCCUCUGCUGCCUCCUCCCCGCGCCGUUCCCUGGGCCUCGCCCUUGCCCACUCCUUCAGCCCCGUCCUCCCAGACACAGACCUGUCACCCAUGGAGGGGAUCAGCACCUGCGGCCCAAAGGAGGAGGUGACCCUGCGGGUGGUGGUCCGCAUGCCCCCCCAGCACAUCAUCAAGGGGGACCUGAAGCAACAGGAGUUUUUCCUGGGUAGCAGCAAGGUCAGCGGGAAGGUGGACUGGAAAGUGCUGGAUGAGGCUGUGUGCCAAGUGUUCCAGGACUACAUCACUAAGAUGGACCCGGCCUCCACACUGGGCCUGAGCACUGAGUCCGUCCAUGGCUACAGCAUCAGCCACGUGAAGCGGGUGCUGGACGCCGAGCCCCCCGACCUGCCCCCCUGCCGCCGAGGCGUCAACAGCAUCGCCGUGUCUCUCAAAGGUCUGAAGGAGAAGUGUGUGGACAGCCUGGUGUUUGAGACGCUGGUCCCCAAGCCCAUGGUGCAGCACUACAUCAGCCUCCUGCUCAAGCACCGGCGCCUGGUCCUGUCGGGCCCCAGCGGCACGGGCAAGACCUAUCUGACCAACCGGCUGGCGGAGUACCUGGUGGAGCGGUCCGGGCGGGAGGCCACCGAGGGCAUCGUCAGCACGUUCAACAUGCACCAGCAGUCCUGCAAGGACCUGCAGUUAUACCUCUCCAACCUGGCGAACCAGAUCGACCGGGAGACGGGCAUCGGGGACGUGCCGCUGGUCAUCCUGCUGGAUGACCUGAGCGAGGCGGGCUCCAUCAGCGAGCUGGUGAACGGGGCCCUCACCUGCAAAUACCACAAAUGCCCCUACAUCAUCGGCACGACCAACCAGCCUGUGAAGAUGACACCCAACCAUGGCCUGCACUUAAGCUUCAGGAUGUUAACCUUCUCCAACAACGUGGAGCCUGCCAAUGGCUUCCUGGUGCGCUACCUGAGGCGGAAGCUGGUGGAGUCGGACAGCGACGUCAACGCCAACCGGGAGGAGCUGCUGCGGGUGCUGGACUGGGUGCCCAAGCUGUGGUACCAUUUGCACACCUUUCUGGAGAAGCACAGCACUUCGGACUUCCUCAUCGGCCCCUGCUUCUUCCUGUCCUGUCCCAUCGGCAUCGAGGAUUUCCGCACCUGGUUCAUCGACCUGUGGAAUAACUCCAUCAUCCCCUACCUGCAGGAGGGAGCCAAAGACGGGAUCAAGGUCCAUGGACAGAAAGCGGCCUGGGAAGACCCAGUGGAGUGGGUCCGGGACACCCUCCCCUGGCCCUCCGCUCAACAGGACCAGUCCAAGCUGUACCACCUGCCCCCACCCAGCGGGGGCCCCCACAGCACAGCCUCACCCCCCGAAGAGCGGACCGCCAAGGACAGCACUCCCAGCUCUCUAGAUUCGGACCCUUUGAUGGCUAUGCUGCUGAAGCUCCAGGAAGCUGCCAACUACAUCGAGUCCCCAGAUCGUGAGACCAUCUUGGAUCCCAACCUCCAGGCCACCCUCUAGAGGCUCCGCAGCCAGAGUGGCCCUGGAGGGCAGAGUCGGCCGGCCUCAGCGGCAGCCUCUCCUCCUCCUCCUCCUCCUCCUCCUCCUCUCCCUUCUCCUCCUCCUCUUCUUUAGGAGCACUGGCAUCUCCAGGCCAGAGGAGGGACCCCGGGGAGUGUGGAGUGGGAGGGGAAGGAAUGGGUUUUCGGUGCUGCACCUUUGAGAACUUCCUGGUGAGGGUUGGUGGGGUGGGAAUGGGGGACUCCUAUUCCCCAAGAUCAACAGACUGGCCUCCUCUAAGGACUUUGGGAAGAGGAGGAUUCUGGGGAUAUUUUUUUCUUGUUUUCCCGUCUCGAUUCUGGACUCCUGGGCUUCACGGAGAGAUUGAGAAAGGUAUCGGCGAAGACCUGCCGGUGGGUGUGUAGGUUAAUAAUGGCUGCUUGUAGGGAAGGCCCAAGUGGUGAACUCUGGGAUUGCUGGGGGCGGUGGAGAGGCGGAAUGCCUCUCAGAUCCUCACCCCCUUGUUCUCCUCCUCCUCCCCCCCCCCCCGCUACCAGCCCCUCUCCCGGGAGACGUGCAAGAAGCCCUGAGCAAGAAGCAUGUGGUUUAAAAAAAACAAAAAAAGUUUUCAUUCAGUCAAUAAAAGGGUUAAAAACCAAACAGAAAAGAUGAACCUGGAGAGGGGAAGUGCUGAGCCGGUAGAGAGAGCCAGCUGGCCACCCACCCGCCCGGCUGACGCCAAAAUGGCCCGGGCAGACCGGCAGACAGCCGCCGGCGCAAGCCAGCCCCCAGCCGCCCCACACACCCUGGCUGCCAGGCCCUCAAGGAAGGACUGUCCCGCUCUGUCUUUGUACCUUCUAAUUUAACGUGCAUGAGGACCGCCAAUAAACCCAGCCUUUUGUUUUGUUCCCCUCCAUUUUUCCUAUUUAUUCCCCUCCCUACCUUCCCCCUCCCCACCCCACCUCCUCUUGUUCUAGCCUGUUUUGGUUUGGUUUGGUUUGUUUUGCUGCUUUUUCUGUUCCCUCAAAAACCAGGGGCCUCGGGCCCUCCGGCUCAGGGUUUUCCUCUUGAGGUUUCUCUCCGUCCGACUGUUGCUGCUCAGAACUCCGUAGGGCCAAGACGCCUGCCUCCAGGAUCUCCCUCCGAGUUCCGGCAACAAGACGCCGGCCCACCGGAUUGGAGGGACGGCGGCAAAGUGACGCACCCUACCCCUCUGCCCUCUUCGAGAAAGCACAAGCUCCGGGCCCCGCCGGACGGAAGCCCCGCCAGGAAACCCUCCCGGGGAAGCGGGAACGUCAUCUCGCUCCGGGCUGGGCCCGGCCCUUCCGCUUUCCCCGCAUCAGCCAGGCGGCAGCCGUUGCCAUCAAAGCUCACCCGGCUUGGGAAGCCAGACGGGCCUCACCUUCUCUCUCCACUCCACGCCUUGAGGUUCCUGGCCACCCGGGUGGGCUUUGGGGUGGCCGGUGCCCUCCGUGUCUCCUGCCCUGGGCUUAACGGCGACCCAGAUCCACGAUCCCUGGAGUGCCGGGCGCCUCGGAGAAGCGGCCUCGGGCUCUUCCCCAGGGCUGCCGGGACCAGGACCCCGGCCCGCUGCCGGCGAGUGUGUGUUGACCUCCACCUCCCAUGAGGCUGACAUCUCUGGUUCCAAAGGAUCCCACAGGGCCAAGCUUGGUCCUCUCCCUCUAGACUAACACGGGGCUCCAGGUCUCGGCUCAUUCUCGGCAGGAGCUCUAUCCUGGAGGGUCCCGCGGUAUCGCUGUCCCACCUGCCCCUCAGAGGCUAGUCCCCUCUGGCCCGGCUCCCCCAAACAAGAAACCGCUGGAGCCCCGGGGGACCCCACUGCUGCUGCUCCCUCCCACUUCUGCAAGCUGCGAAGAGGCACCUCCCCGCCCCGCAACAUCCAACACAGUCUGAUGAAAAUAUGCAAUUCUGGACCUAUCAGAGGCCGUUUGUCCGAGGACGGUGCUGUCAUCCACUGCCUUAAUGCUCCACCCGGCCGAUGGGAGCACGGCUCUCUCCCGGCUCAGAGGUGGGAGAGAAGAGGGGCCUGAGAACACCCCGAGCUCUGACCGCAAACCUGGAGAGAUGUCUCUGGGCAGGUGGGAGCGCGGCGGGGAGCGCGCUCCCCUCUUUCUCUUCGGGUGCUGCCCAGCCAGUGCCUUCUGCCCAGAUGUUCCUGGCAGUUGAGAGGAGGGAGAGAGGAGCUUCCUCAGAUCUCCCCCCAACUCCCGCCCAACCCCUCUGCCUCGGGUCCCAGGUGUCCCCACCCCCAAGGGCAUCGACAACCCCAAGGGACUGCCAGCGGGCUCGGUUUGUCCCUGUCUCACUCGCUGUGUCUUUCUGAGUCCGGAAAAGGGAGAAGAUUCAACUGUAAGGGAACCGGUCCCUCCGCCGUUCUGGGCUCUGAGCCUCCUGCCCUUCCUCUGCUGCAUUCAGACCAGCCUCCCCCGGGGAGCCCCCCGGGUCGAGAGAUGAGCCGGCCUCCAGCACCCCGGGACUCUGCCGCCACUUGUUCCCCUGGGCCCCUCACCCUAGAAGCAGUCGUCCUGCAGAGGAGAAACUGCAGGCUUGUAGCAGCUGCAGACAAUUCGGGUCUGCCUGUUCAUGGUGCUAUGACCCUUGGGACCUUGACCCUCGCCUCGCCUCCUUCCUUCUCACCGUCCCCCUCCGCCUGCCAGAUUCCUCAGAGAUGGGGAGGACUCGCUUCACCCUGGUUCCUUUCAGGGAACUGGAGAACUCACUCCGCUAACAGAGGAUAAAGUGGAGUCCAUAACCUGGCCCUGGACCCCAGGAACUUUCGACAAGAGGCUGGCAAUGAUACUGCCCUCCUGCUUGGCCGGGGGAUCGCGCGAAUUGAAUUCCCUCGCCACCCUUCUCGGGGGAAAUCCAGACCUUCCCGCUCCCCCUCUCUUCUGACUGAAAAUCGACAACGAGAAGACCAAUUGAGUUGCCUCCCUAACCCAGCCUCUCAAAACCAUGCAAUUAAAGGGGAGUUUAAACUGGCAGGGCCAGCCCUGCUGGCCAGUCACGAGCCGGCUCGGGACGUGAAUGUGUCCAUCCCUUUAGGCCAGAUCAGCGGGCUUCUUUCCUCUCCUCCAAGACCAUCUCCUCGGGGGAGACUUCCCAGGAAACAACCGGUGCAGUUCUAAGGUGCUCACGUCUACGUCCAUGUGUAAUCAUGUGUGUGCCCGUGUCCUUGUUGUGUAACCAAACCAUCAUCUAGGGAUCUCCCUAUGGGAUUGGAUGGAGGAGAAGAGGGAUUCCAGAAGCCCGGUGGGUGGGGUGAGGGGACAGAUAGCUUCUGCAGUCUGUUGACUGGAUUCAUGCAGAGGUUUGAACAGAAAACAUCGCUACCUGUGAAACCAUAACAUUCUGGGAUUUGAGGGAGUUGGGGCUUGGGAACUUUCUCUGGCUAGGGCCUCCACAAAGAGCUAGCUCUCCCAACCACUUCACCUCCAGUUUCCUCGAGACUUGGUAUUCAUGAUCUGCUUCUCCCAAAUUCCUAGACCCUUAGAUCCAGAAUCGAAGGGCGAGAGGGUCCCUGCUCUGGGAACCAGAGGAGGAAGACUCACGUUUCUCAGUUCUUUCGCCUGUCACCUCUAAUGUGGAACUCCGAUAUUGCAAGUUCCUCCCAGGACACUGGAUGUGGCCAGUGCUUGAGAUUCUCCUGAUCUUCCUCCUUUCCCUGACUCGAUGGUGGGGUGGGAGGGCCUUCAGGGUUGGGCCUAGAGAGAUCUAGAAGCCAAGGACUGCUGUCAGAGAGGAUUGAUGCUCUCUAGCUGGAGGAAAUGGCCACUCGGGUAGACUGGGGGGGCCCUGGGCCUUGGGAGCACCAAGGCAGAGGUGACCAGAGUCAAACUCUACUCCCUGUCCACUACUUAGGGGACUCUCCUUCCCAGACAGGAUGGGGUUGGGUUUUCUAACGGGUUUUCCUGGCUCCGCCUCCAGCUAGGCCAUGGCUGAGAGACAGGCCAGCAAGAAGCUCAGCUCUUUUCCGUGGAGGAAUGAAGACGAGAGAAAGAAUGAGCUAAACGAGUGAUCCAGGAGGGAGCAAACAAGUGGGUUUCCUGUUCAUCCUCCAGAACUGACCUAGGCCCUCUCCUCUCCCAAGGCGGGCCAGACCUCUCCUAGCCAAGUCCAAGGUGGAGGGGAAGGAGGAAAAGGAGACUCUUUUUUCUCUCUAAAGCUGCUGUCCCCGGAUUGGCAGAGGGGAGGAAGGGAAAGGGCUACAAGCGAGGUUUUAACGGAACUGAGACGGCAGAAAAAAAUCAUCUUUACUUCUGUUUCAGGUCUUUUCCUCACCAUGCUCAGUGUCCUGUCAGGAGGAGAGGUCAAGGUAUCCCAGUGGGACUAGUUCCUUUUGGUUAUGAAAAGAGAUAUGGGGAGAGAGGGGAAAAAAAUCAUCCCUCCAUAACUGUACAGUUUAGUAUCACAGCUGGCAAGACAGUGUGACCUCCCCACGGUCAAAGAGGGUGAAGCUGUUUAAUUGGCCCUCUCCUUAUGAGGGAGGAUCCCAACACCUUUUACAGGCACAAUCACAAUUCCUACCCCACACCUUCUGGAAAAUCUGGGAACCCUCCUUCUCUCCCAGAAUGAGGAGGAACCCACAGGUUGAGAUGGAUGAGGUGAAAGGGGCACACCAGGUGAGGCAGGGGACUAGAUGAAGAGCCAGGUGAAAUUGCUUCAGAGCAAUGGAGGGAAAAAUGCUUCCAUUUUAGAAAAAGUAAGCCACCCAGCUCAGAUUUAUAAGCCCAAAGUAGGGAUGGUUUUUUAAGGGCUGCGAUUUAAGCAACUCUCUGAUUCUUGGUUGUUUAGUUAAGUGUCCUGUACCUAUGGGGAGCCUAUGCACUCUAAUCAGAGGAAACUAACAUAGAGGACACUAAGUGGCCAUCUGAGAAUUACAGUUACUUGAAUACACACUUCUGAGUUUAAACAAAUAAAUAAAACCUUACAAGCAGCCUUGAGGUUCCCCUGCAGAAUGGGCGAAUUAGGCUCCUUGUUACUGAUGCUAAUGGUAGGUGGAUUACACCUUUAAUUCCUUUCUAAUCACUGGCUUCGUAUACGCUGGAGAGUCGGUUAUCCAAACCACGGUUCCCUUGCUGAGUGGUUAUCUGACCCAGGGUCAGUUGGGAUUUUUAAAACGUGUGGCUAAUUAAACAUAACCGGGCAAAGGCUUGUCAGAGGUCGCUAAACCUAAUUUUAUCACAUUUUCUGAAUGUGACAUGAUCUGAACUGGGUUUGGAUAAUUGGCUAUCUCCCGGAAUUGGCAAUCUUCAGUUAAAGAAAGGCUGGUGCCGAGUGGGGUGACCCAAGGCCGCUUUGAAGUGUCCCAGCUUCCCAUAUCAGAGCUCUUUUGUGGCAAGAUCCUCGUUCCCCCCCUCCCCCAGAUUCAUAGCUGCAUUCCCUCCCCAUCUUGUCAGGCUCUAAAUUGGUUCUGUUCCCCUCUCGGAACCUCCCUCUUCACAGACACAAGUCCCAUUAUCCUAGCGAUUCCUGGGCCCCCAAGGAGAGGCCAAGAACCUGCAGAGGACCGGAGAGAGGGAAAGAUGAUAAUUCUCUAAGCUCCAAAACACCCUCUGGCAGGGCUGGGGACCCUGGAUCCUGAACUGUGUUGCUCCCUUUCUCUUUGCCCCUACAUUUUCCCAUCCCUCGGGCUCAGGUAUGUGGCUUGAAAGAGAAAUGCAGGAUUCCUGAGGCUAGUGAACUUGCCUGAAGAAUGGAUUCUGAAGGGACCUGGCCUCUGUACCAAACUCAGACAGAUUUUCAGUUCAGAGGGAAGGGUAGGAGCUUGUUCUGAUUUGGAUCCUGAGUCAGCCCUGGACAGCUGGUACAUGGGUGAGACUUGCCCUAAAUAGUUGGCAUUGGUCUUUCGGAGCAGCUUCUCCCCUGGGCCUUGGUGCUAAGGGCCUGGAGGAAACUCUGAAGCCUCACGGAUGGGAGCUAGGCAAAUUGCACUAAAAUCACCUGUUGCUCUGCCCGCCAGGGGAAUAUCCCCAGCCCCUCACCCCUGGCCAUUUCCCUUUGUCUAGGGCUCCAGGAUCAGAGGCGAGCAGGGUGGGGGUCUCCACGGAGGCCCAGACGGUCUUUGAGUUGCUGCUGAGCGGCAGCUCCCUGUCACCCAACGUUCAUUUUUUUUUUUUAGAACAAAACACCCAACUUUUUUUUUUGGAUGAGAGCCACCCCUGGGGGCCCCUGUCCUGUUUGUGCUGAGCUGUGUCCGUGGCGGAGCCCGUGUUCCUUAAAUGCGUGGUGUCCCCCAGCUAGUGGGGCAAAGGAGCAGCGGGAGGAAGGGGACAAUCUUUUGUACCACUUCUUUUUAAUUUCUUGGGGAAAAAAACAAAGAUAAAAAAUAACAAACAGGGCCCUGAAAAACAUGUGCGUGUAUGAGAGAGUGUGUGUGUGUGCGUGUAUGAGAGCAUGUGUGCGCGUGUGCAUGUGUGUCUUUUCUGUCUGUCAUCGGCUUCCCUUCCCCCCCUUUUUAUCUGAUGUAGACAAAGCAAAACCCAACUUGGAAAGCCAACAGUUGUACAUAGUUGCGGUAACAAUCAUGAAGAGAGCUGCGGGGACUCGUUUUCCUUAAGACGUUGAUUGAAAAUCUUUGGAAAAACCAGGAAUCCAAGCCUGGGUCUCAUAGAAAAGCCUCCCUUCAUCAUCAUGGCCUCCGCUGCCUUCUCUCUAACCCAGGCAUGUCUCCUCUCAGCUAGAUUCAUCUGUCUGAUGCCAUUUAAGUUUAAAUAAAGUUAUCUCCUGUAUUGUC